UAUGUUAUCGCGGCUUUCACAGUCCGGUGUCCACGGAUGGAAUCAUGUUGGGAAGGAGAGACCUCCGCGGAAGAACUGCGUCCACGAGAGUAACACCGGGCACUUAAUCAGUUGUGGUUAGCACGGUAGCGUUUUAUGCCCGGUUGGAUGAGAGAUACUACCCGAGGACUGUGUUAGUAUUUCACGGAAGUGAGACUGUCGGUGUCGAAUGGACGGAUAGAGAGAGGCAGCCAGCUGGGGCUUGACACGAAGUAGUAGCCGAACAGGGCAGAGGAGGAGGAGGAGGAGGAAGAAGAAACGCGUGCAGGGCUCACAUCUUUAGCUGGGGGAUGUUAUCGGUACUGUCUUAUGGCAGACUCGUAGCCAGGGCGGUCCUGGGCGGACUCUCUCAAACGGACGGUCGGGACUACAGCCUGGUCACCGCCAGUUAUGGCUUCGGCAAAGACUUUCGCAAGGGGAUCCUGAAGAAAGGGAUGUGCUACGGAGACGACGCCUGCUUCAUAGCGCGGCACAAAAGCGCGGAUGUGUUGGGUGUAGCAGAUGGCGUAGGUGGUUGGCGAGAUUAUGGUGUUGACCCUUCUCAGUUCUCUGCAACCUUAAUGAAAACCUGCGAGCGACUGGUGAAGGAGGGACGAUUCACUCCCAGUUAUCCAGUGGGUAUCCUGACCUCAGGCUACUAUGAGCUUCUACAAAAUAAAGUUCCCUUGCUUGGGAGCAGCACAGCCUGCAUUGUGGUUCUGGAUCGACAAAGUCACCGGCUACACACAUGCAACCUUGGUGACUCAGGUUUUCUGGUAGUCCGGGGAGGAGAGGUGGUCCAUCGCUCAGAUGAGCAACAGCACUACUUUAACACGCCCUUCCAGCUGUCCAUCGCUCCUCCUGGAGCUGAGGGUGUGGUGCUCAGUGACAGUCCUGAAGCAGCCGAUAACGCCUCUUUCGACGUGCAGCUCGGGGACAUCAUCCUCACGGCAACCGAUGGCCUCUUUGACAACAUGCCAGACUACAUGAUUCUUCAGGAACUCAAAAAACUGAAGAAUACCAACUAUGACAGCAUCAUGCAGACAGCACAGAGCAUAGCAAAGCAAGCACAUGAUCUUGCCUACGACCCAAACUAUAUGUCACCUUUUGCACAGUUUGCCUGUGACAAUGGCCUGAAUGUAAGAGGAGGGAAACCAGACGAUAUCACGGUGCUGCUGUCUAUUGUGGCUGAAUAUACAGACUAAAAGUGUGUGUGUAUGUGUGCUUCUCUGGGGCUGAUCCUUUCUUCCUUCCCAAUCUGCCUGAGUCUUCCAUCUGCAGCCCUCCCAAAGUGCGUCUUGAGGGCUGUUCAGAGAGGCCCUAACGACAUGACACGACACACUCUUUGCUUUGGGAAUCGCAUCCAUCCAUGUAACAGUUGGGGUAUUUUAUUGUUUCUGAGCUUGGAACGGUUUAGAGGAUGCAGGCAAAGAAGACCGUUUGACGUGGUCCAGAUGCAAUAGGAGCCGAAUACAGUGGGUUGAAGGAUGCUGGUCAGUGAUCCCGACUGUCAUGGUGUGACAUUAAGACGUUUUAGAUGAUUUGAUGGAGACACAGUAAUCCGCAGCAAUUUGGAUUUACUAUGGGUUUUAAAAUGGUAGACCUUGUGUAUAAAAAGUGAUAAGAGGAGUAAGCCAUGGUUUUUGGAUUUUUGAAGACGUAAAUAAUCCUGUGUUUUUUUUGUUUUUUUCCAUGGUCCAUGUUGUGAACAUGCUUGAACAAACCGCAUCGACGGAUCGAGUAAGAUGAUGUUGGGAGGUUUAUGGAGAAUAAAAUAGUAGGCGUUGGUAAUGUUGAAUUAUAGAGGGUUGAUUCCAUCAGAUCAAUGAAAUCGCAUGUAAGGUUAAUAAGUUUGGUUGCUUGACCAAGGGAUCCAUCAGUGCGCACAUCUUGAUAAGUUGUACAUAUUUUUUUGUUUUUCGGGGGGCAAAGUUCUGGCCUUUUCUGUUGUCUUCGUUUGUUCAGGCAAAGAGAUAUUUUGUUACUGUUGUAGAUGAGGUACACAUGCAUUCAUACAUUUAUUUUCCUGUAUGUAUAGACGUUAAUUUGAAGUGAGCUUUAUCAAUCCCACACUUCCAUUUGCUGAAACGAACAAGACAUUUUGUUGAGAUCGAUUGCUGCAGUUUGUGUGGUCGGAGGGAUGUUAGUUGUGUGUGUGUGUGUGUGUGUGUGGUGUGUGGUGUGUGUGUGUGUGUGUAUAUGAUUAUAGAUGUGAGGGAUUGUUAAAUGGAAUAUGUGAUGUAUUUGAUGUUGAUAUUUGUUAUCUGACAAAGCUAAAGCUAGCAUCUGGGAAUGCUUAUGAUUGCGAUGAUAGGUCAGGCAAAUAAAGGAAAAUAUGUAUUUUUUUAUGUUGUAUAGUUUUAAAAGAAAUGAGUUUGAAAACGUCUAACAUUUAUGUGAUGAGUGAGUUUUUUAUGCCCCUCUUCCUUUCUCCCUUCUUUGUUUGCUGCUUCUGUUUAGUCAUUGAGAUGUCUAUUGACAAGAUUCAUUGCGUGUUUUUCUGCUGGCUUUCAUCCAAUUACGUUUAUCAAAGACACAGACAACAAUACUGUACUGCUCAUGAUAUUCCGUCCCCUUGUCCAACAGCUAGACCUAUUUGUUCAGACAACGUCUAUACCUUUUUUUAAAAGCAGGUGCACCAAAGACUUGUUUUCUUUUGUUUGUCAUUUUGCUUUGUUGCUGUUUACAUCAUACAGCAAUACUGUAAAUCCCCUGUGCUCCUCCUGAGUGUGUUUGAUGGAAAGAAGUGUCAGUGGUAAUGUUGAGACGCACAUAAAUAUAUUUAGUAUGCCUGAAGUAGUGUGAAAGACAGAUGUACCGUUUUCUUGGUUUAAGUUAUCUUAAAGAACGUAUUCCACAGGUUUACAAACCAAAGAAGGAAAGCCAUUUAUAUGUGAUGAGGGCAACACUGUAUGGCCUGCUGUAAAGAUAAGAUUGUGAUGAUGGAGACCAGUAUUGUCACUGUGUUGUUCUCAUGGUAGACAAUUCAAAAUUUCUGCCAUAUUUUAAUCCACUUGCAUUAGAAAUUUGGGAUUCUACCAACAAAUCAUCCAUGUGAUGGCUCAGCAGUGCAACACAUGACCACAUUUAACAUAAAUUUAACACAGUAGCGAGUUGUUGAAAGAUUAUCUGUCCUGUCCUUUUUUUGUUUUCUUUGUUUGCCCCAGUUUCCACAAUUGUAUCGUGUUCUCAUCUUUUGCAAGUUUAUGUACAAAUGUUCUGAACUUGUGUUUUUAGUCUCAUGAUAAAGCUAUAUUUGACAGAGGGGUGUAACUAUACGCAGAGGGAGGGAUGGGGGAAUGAGUAAUGGUGCUGUGUACUUUUAAAAUGUGUGAGUGAGCACAGUUUCAGCCUUAAUGAAUAGCUAGACCUGUAAUCAAGAGGCCUUUCCUGUCAUUGCAAGCUUGUCUCGUCUCCCUCACUUUGCCCAGUGUUUGAUGUACGGUAAAUGCCCCCACUUGUUCUGUCCUUCAAAGUUGUUCUCAAAGGUGCUUCUGCAGUCUCUAUGGUGUGAUUGUCCUCCAGCAAGCAAUGUCUGUGCGUAUGAAAGACACACCUAUGACGGUGUAUACAAUGUGUAACAAUACAGGUCUAAUUUAUGUAAAUAUGUUUUCAAAUAUGUACAAUAUUUAAAUAAAGAAUCUAGUAUUUAUACUAAA